GCAGUUAUGAAAUUAUGAUAUGAUAGCGAUGAGUUUGAACUCUUUGAAGUGUUGGAUGACUUAAAUGACAAUAUAGCAUAACAUUAUAACAAUAAAUUCACUUCACAGUUCACAAAUUAUAGACUUAAAGUGAAAUUUUUAGUUUACUGUUACUACUCUUCUAACUGUAGCAGUGUAGUCCGAUUUCGGUUAUUAUUUUGUGUAGCGACUAAAUAUGUGCAACAAUCGACGGUUAAUACUGUGGUAUUAGUGUAUUACGAUCAGUUUUUAAGUUUUAACGUGAUGUAAAAAAAGUCUUAGUUUAUAGUCGUUACUGACUGUGUUGUGUUUCGUUGUUAGUACUGGUAUAGUUAACGACUAGUGUUCACAUUAUAACUAUGGCCAUAGACAAAAAUACUAUGCGCUCAAAAUUUAAUGAGCAAAUACAAUUAAUUUUAAUGAAUAAACGUGAAGAUAAUAAUGCUUUUUUAUCGACCAGUGAUUAUAGCAAAGUUAUUCAACAGGUUAAAAAAUCAAAAAAAUCUUUAAACACUGUUGGUGAAAAAAAAACAACAAAAGACUAUCGUGUAAUACGUAAGUAUGAUAUUUUAGUUAUGGACGGAAAAGAACAUCUGAUUAGACCUAUUGAUGAAAAAAAUGUAGUAUUGUACUAUGCAACAGUCGAUGAACUAUUUGACAUUCUUUAUGAUACACAUUGUGCAAUAGGUCAUGGUGGACGAAAUCGUAUGGUAUCUGAACUUAAAAAUAAUUAUUGCAAUAUAACUAAUGAAACAAUUAUGGUAUUUUUAAAAUUAUGUGCUGAAUGUAAUAAAAAAACUGCAUGUUCAAAAAUAGGAUUAGCACCUAAACCAAUUUUACAGUCGACUUUCAAUUCUCGAGGACAAGUAGAUCUAAUUGACAUGCAGACUCAACGUCAUAAUGAUUAUAGAUUCAUAAUGAGCUAUCAGGAACAUUUGACUAAAUAUAUUAUCUUGAAACCACUAAAAUCAAAAUGUGCUGAAGAAAUAGCUUAUAAUUUAAUUGAUGUCUAUACUAUAUUUGGAGCACCUUCAAUAUUACAGUCGUGUAGUGGAAAAAAAUUUGUAACUUCAAUAAUUAACAAACUUCAUGUCAUAUGGGAUGAAGUAAAAAUUGAUUACGGAUGGCCAAAACACAGUGAAAGUCAAGAAUCUGUAGAACGAAAUAAUAGAGAUGUGCAAGAAAUGUUAUCUGUUUGGAUGAGAAAAAAAAAUAGUUUGGAUUGGCCAUCAGCACUGAAAUUUAUUCAGUUUAAAAAAAAUCGGACUUUUCAUCCAGGCAUUGGCACAUCUCCCUAUGAAGCGAUGUUUGGAUGUACUGCCAGAAUAAGUUUAAUGACAUCUAAUCUUCCAAAUGCUGAAAUAACGGAAAUAAAAACUGAAAAAGAUUCAUAGAAUAUUAUUCAUGUUUUAAUAAUGAAAAUGACAACAACAAAAAACAUUUACCAAAUGAAAUUAUGGCUUAUUAUCAGGAAGAUAAGAAAUAGCUAUUUGUAAAAGAAAAACCCUUGAACUACGAUGAAGUGACUAAAUUAGCAAAUGAAAAAAGGGAACUUCAAGUAAAGCAGGCUACUAAUAGUUGUAUAAUGGAUUAUUCAGGAAUACCAUAGCAACUGUUGCAAGUUGGUUAUUAAAAAUAAACAUUUUGCCUGCAGCAAGGGGCACUAUAGAUACAUUAUAUAAUAAAUAAAUAAUGUAUAAUUUUAUACAAAUUGUAUU